GGCGUGGGUGAUGGAGGAGGAAGAAGGGUUGAGGGUGGUCGGCUAUGGUGGACGGGCGUGGGUGCCGGAGGAGGAAGAAGGGUUGAGGGCGGUUGGCUAUGGUGGACGGGUGUGGGUGAUGGAGGAGGGAGAAGGUUUGGAGGUGGUCGGCUAUGGCAGACGGGUGUGGGUGAUGGAGGAAGAAGAAGGGCUCGAGGUGGUCGGCUAUGGUGGACGGGUGUGGGUGAUGGAGGAAGAAGACGGGUUGGAGGUGGUCGACUAUGGUGGACGAGUGUGGGUGAAGGAGGAGGAAGGAAAGUUGGAGGUGGUUGGCUAUGGUGGACGGGUGUGGGUGAUGGAGGAAGAAGAAGGGUUGGAGGUGGUCGGCUAUGGUCGACGGGUGUGGGUGAUGGAGGAAGAAGAAGGGUUGGAGGUGGUCGGCUAUGGUCAACGGGUGUGGGUGAUGGAGGAAGAAGAAGGGUUGGAGGUGGUCGGCUAUGGUGGACGGGUGUGGGUGAAGGAGGAGGAAGGAGAGUUGGAGGUGGUCGGCUAUGGUGGACGGGUGUGGGUGAUGGAGGAGAAAGAAGGGUUGGAGGUGGUCGGCUAUGGUGGACGGGUGUGGGUGAUGGAGGAAGAAGAAGGGUUGGAGGUGGUCGGCUAUGGUGGACGGGUGUGGGUGAAGGAAGAGGAAGGAGAGUUGAAGGUGGUCGGCUAUGGUGGACGGGUGUGGGUGAUGGAGGAGGAAGAGGGGUUGGAGGUGUUCGAGCUUGGAGGAGCAGUGGCGGCAGUGAAAGUUUAUCGGACACACCCUAACUCUUAACCCCAUGCCCCCUUUUCUACCCUGGUGCCCGGCCACCUCAUACUAUUCUCGGAAGGCA